GGAAUGGGGUCGGACUCAGAAAUGGUGGCCCGCAUGUUCUACACCCGGCAGUUGGCUGCCUCUGCCCUGAGAAGCCACGGGUCCCAGGCGGCGCUACGGCCCGCCGCCCAGGCUCUGGGAAGUCCUGGAUUGUUUAACAACCAUGGGCUCCAAGUACAGCAGCAGCAGCAAAGGAGUCUUGCACUACAUGAAUACCUGAGCAUGGAAUUGUUGCAGGAAGCUGGUAUCGCCGUUCCCAAAGGACAAGUGGCAAAAUCACCAGACGAAGCUUUUGCAAUUGCCAAAAAAUUACGUUCAAAAGAUGUUGUGAUAAAAGCUCAGGUUUUAGCCAGUGGUCGAGGAAAAGGGACAUUUGAACGUGGCCUCAAAGGAGGAGUGAAGAUAGUUUUCUCUUCAGAAGGAGCUAAAGCUGUUUCCUCACAAAUGAUUGGGGAAAAGUUGUUUACCAAGCAAACUGGAAAAAAGGGCAGAAUAUGCAAUCAAGUAUUGGUCUGUGAAGAAGCUCUGCGCAGAUAUCCCAGGAAAGAAUAAUACUUUGCAAUAACAAUGGAAAAGUCAUUUCAAGGUUUUGUGUUAAUAGGAAGUUCUCAAGGUGGUGUCAACAUUGAGGAUGUCGCUGCUGAGACUCCUGAAGCCAUAUUUAAAGAAUCUAUUGAUAUAUUAGAAGGCAUCAAAAAAGAACAAGCUGUCAGACUUGCACAGAAGAUGGGAUUUCUACAUAACAUUAUGGAUUCUGCAGCAGAGAACAUGGUCGAGCUCUACAAACUUUUUCUGAAAUAUGAUGCAACCAUGGUAGAAAUAAAUCCAAUGGUAGAAGAUUCAGAUGGAGCUGUGCUGUGUAUGGAUGCAAAGAUCAAUUUUGAUAGUAAUUUGGCCUAUCACCAGAAGAAAAUCUUUGACCUACAGGACUGGACCCAGGAAGAUGAAAGGGACAAAGCUGCAACUCAAGCAAAUCUCAUCUACAUUGGUCUGGUUGGAAAUAUUGGCUGUCUAGUAAAUGGUGCUGGUCUGGCUAUGGCCACAAUGGAUAUAAUAAAACUUCACAGAGGGACUUCAGCCAACUUUCUUGAUGUCGGUGGUGGUGCCACUGUCCAUCAAGUAACAGAAGCAUUUAAGCUUAUCACUUCAGAUAAGAAGGUACAGGCUAUUCUGGUCAACAUUUUUGGAGGAAUCAUGCGAUGUGAUGUUAUUGCACAGGGUAUAGUCAUGGCAGUCAAAGAUUUGGAAAUUAAAAUACCUAUUGUGGUACGGUUACAAGGUACAUGUGUUGAUGAUGCUAAGGCCCUAAUAGCAGACAAUGGACUGACAAUUCUUGCUUGUGAUGAUUUGGAUGAAGCUGCUAAAAUGGUUGUAAAGCUCUCUGAAAGAGUGACUUUAGCUGAGCAAGCCCAGGUGGAGGUGAAAUUUCAGUUGCCACUCUGA